CGGAGCGGAGGCAGCAGCAACAGCGGCAGCGCAGUUACAGUUGUUGGCAACAACAAAUACAUACAAAUGCACACUCGCACAUCGAAACCCGUAUCCAGAAGAGGUCCUUUCUAGAGUCGGGAAAAGUAAAAAGUGGACUCCCUGGAGCAUCGAGAAGCGGAGCGUGCAAUGUGGUCACUGGUGACUUCCCACUGACUCGCAGUAUCCAGGGAAACUGCAUUUCGUCGGCCCACUCGGGCAGCAACACACACACACACACACCCGCUUUCGGCCAGGAUUCAUGGCUCUACGCGAGAUUAGGCAACGCCAACCGGGACACUAAAAAACCGCCAUGGCACUGGUGCACACUUUCUUGGGCACAUGGGAGAUUGUCUGCUGCACCUUCGAGGGAAAGCGGGAGCUCUCCGGCCUGGAGGGCAUCAAGUUCCGCUUGGACGACACCAGCGACAUUACCUGGUACAAUGACCUGGUCAGUCCGCUGCCCGAGGGCAAGGACUGCGGCACCUACUGCGAGUCGGCCAGUGUGCUCUUCAGCUGCGAGACGUUCGACGUCCACGAGAUCAACCCGCGUCUUGUCUUUGGAGCCUUCGCCGGCCACAGCAUUGAGUUCAGCACCAACACCUUGACGCCGACCGACACGCUGGUGCUCAGCUGCGAGAACUGGUAUGCCGUCGAGUGCAAGCGGCUGCAGGAUGGCCAGGCUGCUGGCCAGGAGAAGCAGCUGAGCUUCGGCGAGGCCCUGCAGGAGUCCUACUUCAGCGACGUGGUGGUGAAGAGCUCCGGCGGCAUGGAGUACGCCCUGCACGCCUCCAUACUGCGGCUCAAUGGCUUCGAUUGCAGCAUGUGUGUCAAUAGUGCCCCUUCUUCGGCUUCCGCUCGACCGGCCAGGACCUGCCACAGCGGCCCCAACACGCCGAAUCCCAUCAGGAUUUCCGUGGCGCCGGCCAAUGACGACGGGCAUGACAAGUCCCUGCCGCGCCUGAAUCUUUCGCCCAUCUACCUGCAGCCGCCCUGUGACUUCCAGACCAUGCCGUCGUCCGGACUGGGCGCCCAGCGAGUGCAUCAGUUCAGCAGCAGCUUCAACUGCCUGAGCAAUGGCAAUGCAGGGGACGCGGCGUCCGUGGUCAGGACCACGGGUCUGCUGAGCCUCGAGUGCGGCGGCGGCGGCGGCGGUGGUGGCAUGUACCGUCUGCCGCCCACCUCACAUUCGGACUCGCACCUGGAAACGUCGCAGUCGCACUGCAAGAACAUCUUCAACUUCUGCCAGGACCUGAUUCUGCAGCCCACGCCCACGCCCCUGCCACCAACCGCCGGGCUGGCCAUCUGCAGCAUUCGGAGGCCACCGCUGUCGCCCUACCGGGCACGCAGCCCCUCGCCAUUCCCCAGCUCCAUGGACACGCCGCCGUCGUCGCCGCUGACUCCCGUGGGCGUUCUGUGUAACCUGCCCACCUUCCUGCUCGGCCCCAUCCUCCACUGGCUGUACACGGAGUCCCUGCUCCCGGAUCUGGACGAGGAUGUGUGCGAGAAGCUAAUAAGCUUCGCGGAGUCGCAGCCGUCGCUCACCAAGCUGGUGGAGCCGACGCGCAAGUACCUGCGACUGAUACGGCUCAAAAAAUUUGUGGUCAACGUUACGAUGGAUCUGCACGGCAUUCUCAACCGGGUCAUACAGUGCAUUAACCCCGGUAACAUCACCCGCGAUCCGGCGCAGCUCUAUGCGACGUUUCAGGACGCCUUGCGCGAAUGUGCCAUAGGUUGCGCCAAAGUACUUCAGUUCUGUAAUAUCUUCAUCACGGACGCCACUCACAUGACCCGAUAUCAGAAGAACGAGAUCGUCAAGUAUGUCCGAACCCGCAUCCCAAUUUUUAUGUCGCAGGUUCAACAGCUGCUGCAGAACGUACUCGGAGUCUUUGUCGGCCUGAGCGUCGACGAAAAGGCCGAGUUGGUGAAUUAUCUUGUACCUGAAAUCGAAUCAAUCUUAUUUGUAUUGACCGCUGUGAUAGAGGAAAUAAAAAACUCGCUGGAAAUCAUGUGUAAGGACCUCAAAUGUUCCCACUUGGAUCUCCCACUACAACAACAGCAGGCAGACGAUGCUAUUGUCAUGCAAUUGCAGAUUGCGGACGGGGCCGAACCCUCGCCACGUCCUCGUCGCGGUGCUCCCGUAGGUCUUACGCUUUACGACAAUCUCCCGGACAAGCAGCGCCUGAGCUCCGCGGAGAAUGACCUGAAGUUCGUGCUCUACAUGUACGAGGUUCGGAAAAUGCGCGACAUAUAUGGCCGGAUCGUGGCGGCCCUGGAAAUAAUCAAGGACAAAAAGAGUACUUUCUGCGAAAUGGAUUUUCUGAGCAAAAGCAGCACCAUCAACCAGAACCUCGAGCAACUGAUCAUGGACAUUCCCGCAUACAUCUUCAUAGUGGAGAACCUGUCGGAUCGACUAGACGACAAGCUGGGUUGGAAGGAGUUCAAGUUCUGUUUCAAGCUGGCCACCAGUCAGAUAAACGGCGUCAUUGCCAAGUUACUCGACCACAAGGAUGCCCUGAGAGACGCCAUUAGUCAGAUCUGUUUGCUGGUGCGAAAACAGGAGUUCACACAGUCCGUGAUUGAGCUGGGACUAUUGGACAGCAGCAGUCGGCUAACUAACAACAUCAAAAUGGCUGACCAUGAGAACAACCUCAACCAGGGGCUGAGCGACAAGGAACCGAUCUACCUGGAUCGGAAACAAUAUUAUGAUUACAAUAGCAUUAAGUUAAACCUCAUUCGACAUCUCUGUGAGCCACCCAUUGCCGCCAGCAGCAAUCUCUCGAAGAACGCCCUGCGUCUGCUGCACUCGACCCAACUGGCCGACAUGGAGUUCGAGGUCCACACCUAUGCGACGACCCCAAGUGCCGGCAAGGCAGAGGCCGGAACUGAAGCUGCCGAGCCUGCGACGAAGGCCCUCCAGGUGCACAGCUUCAAGGCCCACCGGGUGAUCGUUGCGGCUCGCUGUGAGUGGUUCAAGAAGGCCCUGAUGUCGGGCAUGCAGGAGUCCAUCAACCGAAAGGUCAUAAUCACGGACACCUCCCCCGUGAUAUUCCGGCGCCUGCUGCUUUACCUCUACGGUGCUCCUAUCGAUCGUACAGUUGGCGCGGAGCAGGUGUGCGAACUAAUGCUCUUGGCAGACCGGUACUCCAUAGAUGAUCUCAAGGAACUGUGCGAAAACACCCUGUACUCUUUAAUUGACGAGGACUCCGUGGUCUGCCUUCUUGGCAUUGCGGAUCGCUAUAUGGCUACUGCUUUGAAGUCGAAAUGCCUUUCCUUUCUUUCGCAACAUGCGCAACUGACCAAGUGUGAGAUAUUCAAGGAAUUGCCACAGACCCUUCAGCUAGAGGUUAUGGAUUUGAUUCAUUGGUUUGGACGAGUAUCGGAGCCGUGGAACGAUCGCGGGUUCAAGCCGCGCAGCAGCUCGCGGCACAGCCUGAAGAGUCCUUCGAAGCCGCGCUCGCGAUCCCGCAAGUCCUCGCCCUCCUAUAUGUGACGCCGACAAAGCGCCAUUGAACACACGAAUGCCAACUUCUUGUGAUAAUUUUAGAAGACUUCGCAAUCCAGACGGAUAACAUAGUCAGUAAGGAGGGGAGAGCAUGGUAUUUGGGGACGAUGACAGCCAUGAGUUUAGACUUUACAGGGUGAGGAGAUUGCUAGAAUCGGCUACAGGAAUGAUCGGGACUCAGACCCUCGUCUCUGCUUUGGUAGGAUGUCACCGAAGCAGAGGGACUAACCCUUAAUAUCAAGCCAAAGAUCAAAAGGCAAACAUGACCUGAUUUUAAUGAGUUUUACUUAGUUUACUAGUAGAUACAUAGAUAGGAAUUUGGCGUAUAACUUACAUUCGCACUUCUCUUUAAACAAUUUAUUUUUGUACAAAAGCUGUAUCCACAAGUGUACUCCUUUAGGCCCGGGAAACUGGAAAAUUUUGGUAGAAACACUGUCCGAUAACAACAAUUGAAACAGCGAAAGAUAGAAUUGAUUUCGGACAAGGAUCGGUAAAACACAUACGUUUUGUAAAUACACAAAUGACUAAUGUAGAGAGAAUUUUCGAAACCACUUCUUUAUUUGGAUACCUUUUGUUUUGUGGUCCACUUGUAAGGUAGGUUAGUUGUAUUCCUCUUUUCUGACGGGUAGCUAGAAAUUAGUCCUUUGGGUAGGCCAAAGUGCAUAAAUGUUUUUUAUUUGGCAAAAGGAAUAUUGACAAAAUGCAUAAUACAAACAUUUUCGGUCCACCGGAAAUUUAGUGCUACACUAUUGUAAACUGACUAGUGUAUUUUGACAUAUAGACACAUAUUAAAUUUAACAUUAGAUUAUUAUCCGCGAGACGAAUCCGCAAAUAGAGUUAUGGUAAAGGGGCGGAAUUUAAGUUACGAACGCAACGUAUUUUUUCAUUCGAUUUGAAAGCGUAUCAAAUUAACAAAAUAUAUGUACAAAUAUUAUGUGUAAAUUAUAUAAUUGUACUUAUUCAAUACAUUUCUUGUUGUCUUUUUAAAACAUAUCACAAACUAACUCUUUUUAUUAGAUACCGAUUAUAAAAUGCACGUAUGUAAGUAACGGAAGUAAAAAACAAAGUUCUUUGAAAAGUUGUUUGCUUCGAUAUUAGUGGAGCAACAUAUCUCCUGUUGUUUCAUAAAAGUUGAUUCAAAGCUGGUUGGUAAUUAUGGAGGAUAUAAGAAGAAACUCUUCAGUUGAGUGACUUGACUAUCAGAUACCCGUUACUCUGUUAUCCAAUUUUUAAAAUAAAAUUCCAAACCAUCUAUUGGAGCGCCGGUAGGAUUGAAAAAUGUGGGCGCCAGGCAGAUUUUGACCAUUUCCAUUAAAAUGUUAAUUCUAGCAAUAAAACUGGACGCCAAAGACCUCUUCUAUUUGUUAGCGUGGUUCUCGGAUAAAACAAAUUUGUGAUGCGCUGAAAUCUCGGCAGCAUUUCUAAUCUUACUUAACAGCUUUUUAAGUUUUUGAAAUCUCUGCGUUUAUACGG